AUGGUAUUUGUGCCUGUAAGAUUCAGUCGACCGCAGCUUGUACCUCCUUUGCUAUGCUCAAGGCGCCUGUAUGUUCACCUGGCCCUGCUGAUGGUAAUCAUCUGUAUGCUGGCACUUAUCAGGCUUAUGUCGCAGGUCAAGGUCAAUUUUGUUCAUUAUCAUCUGGAGAGCGAUCCAGACGCAGAGCUUGUCACACUUCCAUCUGUCUAUGCUAAUUCCAGGGGAGCGUUUUGCCUUGAUGGAUCGCCACCAGCAUACUACUUC